AUGCUAGUGGCUCUGGAAGGCCCUCUGGACCUGCCCGAACGCCUGUGCUACCCCGUGAGCGAAGGGGGCGAGAACCUGAGCCUGGGGCAGAGGCAGCUGUUGUGCCUGGCCCGAGCCCUGCUCCGCAAAUCCAAGAUCCUCAUCCUGGACGAGGCGACAGCAGCAGUGGAUCUGGAAACAGACACGUUAAUCCAGACAACAAUCCGGCACGAAUUUGCCAACUGCACAGUCCUCACCAUUGCCCACCGCCUGCACACGAUCCUGGACAGCGACAGGGUGCUGGUGCUGCACGCGGGGCACAUGGUGGAGUUGGGCAGCCCGGAGCAGCUGCUCCAGCAGCAAGGCCUUUUCUCAGCCAUGGCCAAGGACGCCGGCAUUGCGAGCGCCCAGACCACGGUGCUGUAGGAGCCGGAGCCGAGGGACAGCGCCCUGCCCAGGCCUCCACCCCCUGCAGCGGG